AUGCACAGGCAGGCGUAUAGAAAGACUAGUCAAAGCCAGCACUCCGACUCUGUGAUCAAAAGGCACAUUGACAACAUUGCGAGACCUGCCGGCGGUGUGGCUGGACCCACCACCUCAGGGAACAGAGGAGCCUUCAUCAAGCCCCCGGGGAGCUCGGGCCUGCCCCCACUAAGCGGCACGGCGGCCUUUAGGGUGCCCAGGAGACCACCGCACCCCAGAAAAGUGCCCCCCACCAUCAGUGCCCCCACAGAGCACAGUGGCCUGCAGCCUGCCCAUCCACCCUCCCCGGCUCGUCACCAUCUCAACGCGAGCGUCGCCGUCAGCGUCCUGGCCAGGUUCGCGGGGAAGAGUCGCCUGCUGGUGAUCUCAGCUCCGCGCAAGUCGGACGGCUACUACCAGCUGCUGCGGAGCCAGAUGAGGGCGCACGCCUAUUGUGAGAUGGCGGAGAGACGUGUCCACCAGGUGGUGCUGUUCCACCAGGAGCGGGAGGAGGCCGGGGGGGGAGGGGGCGUGCUGAGGCACAUCAGCAAGCAGGGCGCCGUCAUAGAGGAGCCCCUGGACACCGCGCUGGUGCCUCAGCUCAUGGAGCUCCUGCGGCUGGAGAGGGGCACGUUCGAGAUGGUGCUGCUGAAGAAGACUCUGCAGGUGGAGGAGCGGUUCCCCUACCCGGUGAGGCUGGAGGCCGUGUACAGGGCCAUCGAUCAGGCGCCCGCACGCCGCCUGGAGAGAGAGAGGCAGGAGGGGUUCGUUCAGAAGUGUAAGGAGUCCGGAGUGGCCGGGCACGUGGUGAAAUCUCCACGGUUACGGCUAAAGAGUCCUAAGACACGGCUGGACUCUGAGACGGACGUCAAGGGAGGGAUGAUCAAGUCCACAGCCAUCAGCACCAUGAGACAGGACACGACUCUCACCAGUGCCACCACAAUAACAACUCCCUCAGUCCCUCACGCCGUCACUUCAACGACUGCUGCUGCUCUGAACAACGACCCCAGCGAUGCACAUAGUCUGCCAAGUGUGUCAGGCUCGCCCACUGUUGAUCCAUUUGACCACCUGUCUACCAGAAAUGUUCAGAGUGACAGCUAUCAGCCCAGCACUAUCACGUACGCUCCCACUUACAGUACUCACAAAACUGAGCUUUCCCACGAUCGAGUUCACAACCAAUCAGGUAACAAGACCGAGCACACCGUCAGUGCAGUUACAAAGCACAGUAUGAAGCUGAACGUGCCCCCUGAGACGAAACAACAAGGCGAGGACGCUGAGAAGACCCCAGCCGUGGAUGUCCAAGAUGAGAUUAUCAGACAAAAAGGUCAAUUCAAAACUGGGAAAAUUGAAAAGAAACAGAAGUCUGAAAAGACAGAGAAAGCACCGAAAAAGAGCAAAGCACCCAAGAAGCCAAAAGCUGCCAAGUCAGGCGAGGGUGCUAAAUAUCCUGAGAAGAAGCCUUCGGGUGAGGACGUCGAUGGCACCUCAGCUGGCACCAAGUUACCAGACAAAUUAUCCGCUAAGAAGAAGUCUCUGGACAGAUUCAUCCGUUAUUUUGAAAAGAGGAGAAGAUUGAUUGUAGUGACCGCCCCCUCAGAGCACAACCGCAUGUACAAGCAGCAGAGGGACGAGUAUCUGGACCACGUGUGUGAGAUGGCCCUCAGGAGGGUCUCGGUCAUCACCAUCUUUGGCCCGCUCACCAACGGCACCAUGAAGAUUGACCACUAUCAUAUGGAGCAUGAUAAACCAAUGGGGGGGUUUCAGGAUGAUGACCUCGUUAAUCAUGACCUCAUCAUGGCCUUCCGGAAAGAGCUGGGAAUGACACACGAGGACUUCUACAUGGUGCUCACCGACUUUGAGAUCAAAGUCAAGCAACAAUAUGAGGUGCCCAUUGCCAUGAAGGCUGUCUUUGACUAUAUGGAUACUUUCACGUCACGCAUCAAUGAGAUGGAACAACAGAAAAAACAGGAAGUGAUGUGCAAGAAGGAGGACAAAUCAAGAACUUUGGAGAACUUCCUUUCACGGUUCCGUUGGAGGCGCAGGCUGUUUGUGAUGUCGUCCUCCAGUGAUGACGAGUGGGCCUACCAGCAGCAGCUGUACAUCCUAACCAGCCAAGCCUGCAACCUCGGUUUACGCCACAUGGCUGUGCUAAGACUGGUGGGGAAAGAGAGGCAGGACUCAAGUGGAGUUCUAGAACUAUACCCCAUCAACGGAAGUGCUUCAGUAGAGCGAGAGCAGCUCUCGGCCUCUCUGGUGACGGACAUCAGGAACUACUUCCAGGUCAGCGCGGACGCCUUCUCCAUGCUGCUGGUGGGGAAGGACGGGAACGUCAAGUCGUGGUAUCCGUCUCCGAUGUGGUCCAUGUCCUCCAUCUACGACCUGGUGGACUCCAUGCAGCUGCGCCGGCAGGAAAUGGCCAUCCAGCUCUCUCUGGGCAUGCGUUGCCCUGACGACGAGUAUAGCCGUCAGGAGGGUCACCGAGAUGGCCACCAUCGGGGUUACGGUUAUUAAAGGUGGCGCAGUGUAGGAAUUCUGCUGUGGUCAGUUUUCAGCGUACUGGGUAUACGCAUUUAAGGGGGUGCACGAUGCGUCAUAGCUACAUGCAAUCCCAGGCAUUUGGGGCGCACAUUGGUAUUGACACACAUGCAAUUGCCUAUAAGGAUGCAUAUCAUCAAAAUGAGCUCGAAGCCGUUCUGUUAAGGUUCGAGUACUACAUUGUGUUGCUUUAAUGGACAUGAGCUUGAUCUCUGCUGUAUGAUAGUUUAUCAUUAUAGGACACCAUCCAAAGGGAUGUAAUAACCAACUGUUCUGCAUGCGGUUUGAAUCUGGGAGAGACCAAGCAAGGGCUAUUGUUUAUGUAGUCUUUCACAAACGUAUCUUUUCCUCUUGAUCAUAGACAGUCAAUUAUUUCCAACUGAUUUUCUGUUUCUAAACUCCAGGUUUUGUAACCUCUGCAUUUUUUUACAUUUUGGUAGUUUGGCGUGUGAGUUUGUUACAGCUUGGUGCUGAAUGACUGGUAUCAUGGGACUACAUACUGUAUGUCUCUGUAGAGACGGAUGCGCACAUCCAGAAGUUAGUUUGAACAGGAGCCAGACCACAUGUGUCACAGAGAGGAGGGGAUGGGCUGCACACUGUAUAAUGGCGCCAAAAAAUAGGCGCAUUCGACUUCAUGUAGCCGUCUUAAGACGACUG